AAUGCUGUUGUGUGCUCCUUUUUUAUGAAGCUCCCACUUAUUCUCUGGGCAGGUUCACUUCGUCACCAGGUGAAAAUGCAUUUCAGGUGAAGAUCACUGCUCCUGAUGAACAGUUCACUCGGGUUGGUGUGCAGGUGUUAGACAGGAAAGAUGGUUCCUUCCUAGUGAGAUACAGGAUGUAUGCAAGCUACAAAAACCUGAAGAUAGAAGUCAAAACUGGAGAUAAACAUGUUGCAAAGUCUCCGUAUGUUUUAGAAGGACCUGUUUACCAUGAAAACUGUGACUGCCCUCAGGAGGAGAGCAGUGCAUGGCUGGAAGAGAUGAACUGCCCACAAAUCAUUCCACAGAUUCAGAGAGACCUGGCAAAUUUUCCUAUUGUAGAUCCAGAUAAAAUUGCAAAAGAAAUUCCAGAGAGGUUUGGACAAAGACAGAGUUUGUGUCAUUACACCAUCAAAGAUAAUGAGGUUUAUAUAAAGACGUAUGGGGAGCAUGUUGGCUUCAGAAUUUUCAUGGAUGCCAUACUGCUUUCUUUGACAAGAAAAGUGAGAAUGCCAGAUGUAGAAUUUUUUGUUAAUUUGGGGGACUGGCCUCUGGAGAAAAAGAAGUCCCCCCAGAACCUGCAUCCCAUCUUCUCUUGGUGUGGGUCCAAUGAGACCAAAGAUAUUGUCAUGCCAACAUAUGACUUAACAGACUCAGUUUUGGAGACUAUGGGACGGGUCAGUCUGGAUAUGAUGUCAGUUCAAGCAAAUACUGGCCCAUCGUGGGAAGACAAGAAUACCACAGCGUUCUGGAGAGGACGUGACAGCCGCAAAGAGAGGCUUGAACUUGUGAAACUCAGCAGAAAAUAUCCAGAGAUCAUAGAUGCUGCUUUCACAAACUUUUUUUUUUUUAAACAUGAUGAAAGCCUCUAUGGUCCCAUUGUUAAGCACAUUUCAUUUUUUGAUUUUUUUAAGUAUAAAUAUCAAAUUAAUAUUGAUGGCACAGUGGCAGCAUACAGAUUGCCUUAUCUACUAGCAGGAAACAGUGUGGUGCUAAAGCAAGACUCCAUCUACUAUGAGCAUUUUUAUAAUGAGCUGCAGCCAUGGAAACAUUAUAUUCCAUUUAAAAGUGACUUGAGUGAUCUACUAGAAAAACUACAGUGGGCAAAAGAGCAUGAUGAAGAGGCAAAAAAUAUUGCAAAAUCUGGACAAGAAUUUGCAAGGAACAAUCUCAUGGGAGACCACAUUUUUUGUUACUAUUUCAAACUUUUCCAGGAAUAUGCCAGCUUGCAAGUGAGUGAGCCAAAGAUCAGAGAGGGGAUGGAGAAGGUGCAGCAGCCUGAUGAUGACCUUUUUCCAUGUACUUGCCACAGAAAAAAGGCCAAGGAUGAGCUCUGA